UGUUCAAUCAGCCGCCCACAGAUGGUCCGGUCACCUGUGACCAACUGACCGGCGCACCGUCAUCUCGUGCGUGGGUGCGCUCCUGGCUUAGCGUGCACGGCGAGGCCGGCGACGCGGGCAGCGGCGGCGCACAAAGAAUCUCUCGUUUCGUCCGGCCCCCACGACAAAUCUGCAUAUAUAAACCGGACGGGCGGGGUGGGCUCGGAAAUCACGUAGCCGUGCAGUUCUCUGAAGUUCACACGCACAGCGUCUUCUUCCUCGCGACCUCGACCCGUCCAGCGACGAGCCCGGGACCGGGAGGAACAAGCAAGCCGCCCAUGGCGCUCGAGAAGGCCAAGGAGAUCGUCGCCUCCUCCCCCGUCGUCAUCUUCAGCAAAACUUACUGUCCUUUCUGCACCCGAGUAAAGCAACUGCUAGCACAGCUGGGGGCGAAUUACAAGGCUGUUGAAUUGGAUGUGGAAAGUGAUGGAUCUGAUUUGCAGUCAGCUCUCGCUGAAUGGACUGGGCAGAGAACCGUUCCAAAUGUCUUCGUUAAAGGGGAGCGUAUCGGUGGCUGUGAUGCUACCAUGGCAAUGCACAACGGCGGGAAGCUGGUGCCUCUGCUGACGGAGGCUGGAGCAACUGGCCGUGCCAGUGCCCCCGCCACUGCAACUCCGUCCCUGUAGAACAGCAUUCUUCUCGUUUGGUGGUUAUGGUUACAUGCAAGUGUUGUACCACUAAUGUGGUUGUUGUAAAAUAAAGAUGAAUGAGGUGGUCCAUCGACCUGAAUUGCCUCCUGAUGUUGACUGUAAUUGUAGCCUUGGGUGUGGCUAUCAAGCCUCUCUCCAAAUCUUCAGGCACCAAUAAAUCAUCUGUCCUGGUAGUUGAAUGUGUACGAACGACUCUGUACCUAUCA